AAGUACAUGACCAAGUUUGCUGGAAAAGAUGCUUUCCAUUUGAGGGUCAGAGUCCAUCCCUUCCAUGUGCUGCGUAUCAACAAGAUGUUGUCAUGUGCUGGAGCUGAUAGGCUCCAAACUGGCAUGAGGGGUGCUUUUGGCAAGCCUCAGGGUACUUGUGCUCGUGUGGCUAUCGGGCAGGUUCUUCUGUCCGUCCGUUGCAAAGAUGGCAACAGCCACCAUGCUCAGGAGGCAUUGCGUCGUGCAAAGUUCAAGUUCCCUGGUCGUCAAAGGAUAAUUGUUAGCAGAAAAUGGGGCUUCACAAAAUUUAACCGCGGGGAUUACGUGAAGUGGAAAUCAGAGAACAGGAUUCUACCUGAUGGUGUCAAUGCCAAGCUUCUGGGAUGCCAUGGGCCAUUGGCGAAUCGUCAACCAGGAAGAGCAUUUUUAUCUGAGGGUCCAGCUGCUUAGGACGUCUAUUUAGGAAUGGACUUGGAAAUAUGUCUAUUUAACUUUCAGUCCAUUCCUACAUAUGAAUCACUCCCUAAAGUUAGAUUAUGUUUUGGUAGUGGUAUUACUGAUGAUUUGAUGUUUCCGAUGAUAGAGGAUUCGGUUUUAAGCCAAUUAUAACUUCUAUUGCACUAUGUUGCCAGUUUCUUUGUACUGUUUUUCAAAUUGGUUAAAAAUGAAAACCAAACAAGAGGUAUUUCUUUGUUGGUCA